CUUGGAAGGGAGCCAGAAUGGAAGAAGGGGGGGAGGGUGAGGACUCCUGACGUGGCUGCGGCAUGAGGGAGGAAGCCCCACAGGCGGCACGUCAUUACCUCCAGCAGCAGCAGCAGCAGCGCCCCCCCUCCCCCAGCCACAACCAUGUCCUCCAUCAGCGCGUCACGUGUACCGACUAGAGUACCGAGACUAUUGAUCAAUUUGCUGCUGACACUCGCAAGGGUCCCCCAGCGGCACGUCAGCGGCCAAUGAAAUCCCGUCUAUCGAUUUCUGCCGCGUUCUCAUUGGUUGGAAAGCAGCAGGCUGCUGCCUGCGCACGAGGCGGACUCACGCAUGUGCACACCUACCGACAGGAAAACUUGAAAUACUGCAUGAAUCUCUUAAAACUUAGAAAAUGGUCAGUUACAACCAGAUAUGCCACCACGGAAGAAGUAGUUCCUCACACCUCGCUGAUGUGCGAUUAUGUUCACCGUGAUUGCGAGACAGUCGUGGUGAGCGUGGAAUGCUCUGUUCGGCCAUUCAUGUGUGAGGUGCUCGUGGCUUAUUAUUAAUGUCAGGGGGAAUAGACUAAUAACAUAAUGCCUCACUGUACUCUGGGCAGUCAUAUCUCUGGACGGCUGGAAAUGUGGUGGUGAGGCGUAAAGAAAAAAGGUGCGCGGGAUGCGACAAGUGAGUGGUGCGGGCGGACAGGCUGGGGUGUCACAGUGCCGCUGGCCGCCGCGCCGCGAGUGUCCGCGCACCUCUCUGGCACCUGUGGCUUUGUUGUGGUUGCCGCACCGCUCACCGAACCACACUGCCACCACUCACCAUCCCUGAUCCAAACGCUGACCCACCGUGCAAUGUUACAGUCUCGCGGGCAGUGUGGAAUCUCAUGUUGACAGUGACCAUCGGUGCAUAUCUAUUACAUUAAAGAGUCGGUGUGAGGCAGUGGAGGUGCCCACACGAGGUCCCGAGCAUCAUCCAUCCCGCGACGACCCUGACGGGAGGCUCACACCCUCAGGCCGGGCGUGACACCUCUCACCACAGUCCAGGUGCCUGUCAAGAUUUUGCACUGUGCUUCUGGUGCCGUGAAGGGAUCAGGCUCGGCCCCCGAUCACACAGGCUCCAUUCACGCUCUGCUAAGGUGUGAGGAGACACAGGUGUUUGGCAGACAGUGGGCGCCGCCCAACACCCGCGCCCAUGACGGGCCAGCACCUCACUUAGUGCGGCCCAUUAGGCCAGCGUGAGGGUGGCCACGGCCGCCAUGGGUCGCGAUUAGUAAGCGAGCGAGACCCGGCCAGCGCCACCAUGACUGAAGACGCCGGGGCCAGGCGACCCUCCAUCGCCACCAUCUUUAAACCCGCGCAGGGGGCGGGGUUCGACGCCCUCGCGCCCCUCGGUGGUGGUGACAGACGAGGACUCGCCGGGACCGCCGCUGCAGCUGUCCAAUGGCUCCGGAAUGCGCGUGGGGUCAGCAGGCAUCAGCGGCCGCUGCGGCACGCCAGGCGGCAGCAUCUCCAUCAACCAGGGCUCCCCCGUGCCCCACCCCGACGGCGACACCGCCUCGGCCGCGGACAGCCCCCGUGAUGGUCAGCCCUCCAAGUGUGCUCGUCUUAGAAAGGCCUUCCUCUCCCAGACGACCAAAAAGAUCGUGGUGGGCUGGCUAGUUACCUGCUGCGUCACCACGGCCUGGGUCGGCGCCACACACCUCAUCAAGGACAUGUUCCUCCGCCAGGCUCCCCUCCCAGCGCCCCCGCCAGACUCCACCGAUGCCAACCCCACCGCCGCUUCCUCCCCCCUCAACAGCACCGUCGCCCCGCCCAAGCAGAGGGAGGUGUUCGACGCGCCCUUCUUCACCACCUGGUUCUGCACGGCCUGGACGGGGCUCUUCUUCCCCCUCUACCUCGCCUGCCACUCCUGCUUCCGGAGGGACAAGGACUCACUCAAGGUCUCACUCAAAACCAUCGCGCAGAACUUCAGGGACCGCGGCGUCACUUUCAGCAAGUUCAUGACCCGGUGCUGCCUCUUCUGCAUGCUGUGGGUGGUGACAAAUUACAUGUACGUCUACUCGCUUCGGAUCCUCGACUGCACUGACGUCAUGGCUCUCUACUCCGCCCACGUCUCCUUCGUGUACCUCCUCUCAUGGGUGAUCCUGCAUGACCAGUUUGUCGGCGUCAGGAUCGUGGCGGUGAUCCUGUGCAACACGGGCACCGCGCUGCUGGCUUACAUGGACGGUAUCACGCGCACCAAGACCCUGGGCGGCGUGGUGCUGGCCGCCGCCUCCGCUGCUGGCUCGGCCGUCUAUAAGGUGCUGUUCAAGAAGGUGAUAGGAGAGGCGAGCUUCGGGCAGGUGAGCCUCAUCUUCACGGUGAUAGCGCUUCUCAACACCAUCCUGCUGAGCCCUUUCGUGGCGGCCUUAUACUUCAGCGGCUACGAGGUGGUGGUGUGGAGUCACUUACAGUGGCCUAACCUGCUUAUUGCUGCCGCUCUCUCUCUAGCUGCCAACCUGCUGGGUAACUUUGGGGUUGCCUUCACAUUUGAAAUCUUCAUCACCCUGGGUCUGGUGCUGGCCAUCCCUGUAUCAGCCGCUCUGGACAUCAAGUGGUACCAUGUCAAAUUUGAAGGCAUGAAGCUGGCUGGGGUGGUGCUCAUUGUGUGUGGCUUCUUCCUGGUGCUCUUCCCUGCCAACUGGCCCGAGUACAUCACCAAGGUCCUCCGCUGGGGCCGGCACAGAAAGCGAAACCAGCCCCGCCAGCAGCCAGAACCCAUAGAUUACCGCACCGGUCUCAUCUCCCGCUCUCACCUCCGCUCCCCCUCGGGACUCAUACGAUAAUCUGAUUCUCUAAAAAUGCAACUUUCCUUCAUCAACUUAAUGAUAUAUAUAUACUGUAUGUAUGUAUUAUUUGCAUGGUUCCAUACAUAUUAUAUAAAACAUGUACUACCAUCCUACAUUUUUGUGACUUGUUACCUACCUGUCUUUAGUUGUCGUUAUCUCGCAGUCAACACUGUCGUGACAUAGGAGCUAGUCUACUCGUUGCGAAGUAAAACAAGUAUUCCUUAUUGAUGAUCUAGUGUCUUGCAGUGUUUUAUACCAGAUUACAAAAAUAAAAAAAUAAUACAUGUACAGAAUGUUAACAGCCAAGGUUUUUAAUAAGAUAUGUUUCAUACAUGUUUUAUAAUCUCAUUUCAUAUUUCCAACUUGUUCAGAUAAAGUAUAUUUUAGUGACCUUAAACACUUGUAGUCAUGAAGAAGUCAUGUAGAAGACUAAAGGUGAUCAGUGUGAUGCAUGUUGCAGGGUGAGGAUUAGAAAGGAAAGGGAUUUAUAGUUUGUGUGGUUCAGUUAUUGUUAGUUUAGUUGCAUGGGCACUUACUUUGUGUAUCACCUGCCUAGCUCCUCUUAGUAUCCAGCUGUGUGAUCUUCAUUUCAAGAAUACAAGUGCAGAAAUUGAAGGGACUGAUUAGAAGAUGAAAGUUAUUAUGUGUUUUAUAUUUGUAUUAUAAGCUAAAUUUGUGGAUAUUAAGCAUUUUCUUCUGAUAAGAAAUUAAUUUUGAGAGGUUUGGCUAAUUUAAUCAAAUUGUAAGUCUUAUAACUCAUUAUGUACACUACUUUUACAUCAGAAAAUUAUGAAUGUAAAAAAAAUAAAUAAAUAAAUAAUAC